AUGGCUGUCGCAUCUAUCCAAGACCGAACCUCCGAGUUCAAAUCGGUUCUCGCACAGGCACAGCGAAAACAAACCUCGUCAAAAGUCAGCUCUCAGCGCCGGUCCCUUUUGACAGAUGCGCAAAAAGAUGCCGCCAAUGGCCAUCCCACUGGGCCUCCAAGGCGAUCCGACUUUGCCCGCAAGGCUGCUGAAAUUGGACGUGGCAUCUCGGCGACUAUGGGAAAGUUGGAGAAGCUAGCACAGCUGGCGAAACGAAGAACCCUUUUCGACGACCGUCCCGUGGAAAUCAACGAACUUACUUUCGUCAUCAAGCAAGACCUUUCGUCUUUGAAUCAGCAGAUUGGAGCUCUCCAAACUAUCACAAAGCAGCAACAUCCCAAGGCCGAUCAAGAGGGCGAGCACAACAAGAAUGUCGUAUACCUACUACAAGGCAAACUUACUGAUGUCUCAGUCAACUUCAAGGAUGUUCUCGAAGCCAGAACCAAGAACAUCCAGGCGUCGCGAUCAAGAACGGAAAACUUCAUCUCUUCGGUGUCGCAACAUGCUCAGCCUUCUAUUCAACAGUCCGCUUCGCCACUCUACGGGACACCCGCCCGGAACUCACCUGUGCCAGGUCAAGACACACUCUCGCUUAAUCCUGUUGGCGACCAGCAGCUGCUGAUGAUGGAGGAGGCACAGCCUUCCAAUACAUAUAUCCAACAACGAGGUGAAGCAAUCGAGGCCAUCGAGAAGACGAUUGGCGAGUUAGGAAGCAUCUUUGGACAGCUAGCCACCAUGGUUUCGGAACAGAGUGAAAUGAUCCAGCGUAUUGAUGCCAACACCGAAGAUGUGGUUGACAACGUCGAAGGAGCACAGCGAGAACUUCUCAAGUACUGGAACCGAGUGUCAAGCAACCGCUGGUUGAUCGCAAAGAUGUUUGGUGUUUUGAUGAUAUUCUUCUUGCUUUGGGUUCUUGUUUCUGGCUAA